AUGUUCUCACCAAAGAGCAAACCUCCAAAGCACUUCGCUGAUGGGCACCCUCGGCAACGGGGCGCUUCCGAGAAAGGCGAUGCUUCCGAGAGGGACGGCGACUUCGACAAGGCCGCUGCGCUUGAGCUGAUCAAGGCGCAUGACUCCGAAGUUGACAGGCGCCGGAGCGGAGUUGAGACGAGCCGUCUCGGGGCCGAAAAUGGCUCUCUCGGCUUGCCCCUGGACCUCGACACUACCGGCGCCGAAAAGAGAGUACCGGUACCGAGUAAAGAAGAAUACGAAGAAUUGCGGAAACACGUCUUCGCCGUAGAGCAGGAACUGUCGUUUGAUGCCCGAUGCCGCUCUCGCGCUACUGACCAAGAAAUGGAUGUUGAUGCCAUUAUUCGAAAGAUACGAGAGCAAGACGACAGAAAAUAUGCCUCCGAACCUAAGCGAAGAGGGUAUCAAGGCCAGAUGCAUGAGCGCUUCGCAGGCGAUCACUUCCUCAGCAACGUCGACAUCAUCAACAAGACAGAACUGUUCAGGAUCGCCUCCAAGAUGCCGAAGGGCGCCCACCUGCACAUCCACUUCAAUGCCUGCUUGCCACCCAACGUGCUGCUUGGCAUUGCAAAUGGCAUGGAUCGCAUGUUCGUUUCAAGUACUCUUCCCCUUAUCCACAAGGCUGGGGACGAGGAUGAGUAUGAAAAUUUUGACAGGUGCGAGAUACAGUUUUCCAUCAUGAAUCAGAAAAGAUUGGAUAAAAAGCUCGGCAAUCUAUUUUCCGCCGACUAUAUCCGCGGCCAUAUGAUGAAGUUUUCAGACUUUAGAAAUCAGUUCUCAAGCCAUUAUAACAAGGCCCCGGUGGAUGAGUGGUUGCUGCAUAAGCUCAUGUUCGAGGAGCAAGAGACCCACCAUCCCCUUCAGACAGCUUCUGGUGCUUGGGAAAAGUUCAACGGCAGAACACGCAUGAUGAAGGGUCUUUUCAACUAUCAGACAGCAUAUCGCGAAUAUACAAAAUUGUGUCUCGCAGAUUUUGUUCGAGAUAAUAUCCAAUACGCCGAGAUACGGCCUAAUUUCAUGCAGACAAAUCAACUCUAUACCGACGACGGCGAGGGUAUGAUCAAUAACGAGGGCAUCAUGAAAAUCAUCAUCAGUGCAGUAGAAGAGUUUCAAAAAGAGGUAGCUGAAAAGGGCCAGUUCUUUGGAGGGCUCAAAGUUAUAUACUGCACGCCGCGCUCAAUGGACCGGAAAAACGUACAAGAUGCUCUUAAAGAGUGCAUAGAGUUUAAGAAGAGGUGGCCGCAGUGGAUUGCAGGCUUUGACCUUGUCGGCGAAGAGGCGAAGGGCCAUCCGAUCAGGGAAUUUGUUCCUGAACUGCUCGAGUUCAAAAGGGAGUGCGCUGCGCAGAACCUCGAUAUUCCCUUCCUUUUCCACUGCGGUGAGACGUUGGACAUGGGCACCGACACGGACGGCAAUCUGGUCGACGCUUUAUUGCUGGGAUCGAAGCGCAUUGGCCAUGGCUUCGCCCUGGCAAAACACCCCUACGUUAUGCAGCAAAUGAAGGCCAAAGGAAUAUGCCUGGAACUAUGCCCAAUCUCCAACGAGAUCUUGGGGCUUACACCGCGAGUGGGUGGGCAUGCCAUGUAUCAGUUGCUGGCGAAUAACGUGCACUGCACCGUCAGCUCUGAUAACGGGGCGCUUUUCAGGUCCUCGCUAUCACACGACUUCUACCAAGUCAUGGUUGGCAAGGCAGACAUGGGGUUGUUCGGAUGGAAGCAGCUUGCCAUGUGGAGCAUCGACCAUGCGUCUUUAAACGAAGAAGAGAGAGAUAAUAUGAAGUACGAGUGGAACCAACAGUGGAAUGAGUUCCUCAAGUGGGUAAAGACAACAUAUGGCGACCUCAUUAAGGACGUGGCCAAGAUUUGA